AAAUAACACCAUUCACUCACUCACCUCUGCAUCCAGAGCCCAGACUGUGGCAACGCUGAUCACCUUGACGGUCUUCAUCUUGAUCUUCAACCCACUGAGGCACUGACACCUGACAUCUGACACUUGACACCUGACAGUUGGCAGUUGACACUUUAUCACAAAAUAUUUCUAUAAAUAACAAACAACUGCUGACGGAACUGCAAAGAAAUCAAAGAGACUUAUUAGAAAAUGGAAAUGUACUAAAACUGCAGAGAAACCACCCCUAUGCUCUCCCAGGGGCUCCAUUAUCAAGGCUUCCCGCCUCUGUGAUACAUAAAACUUGUGUUCCUCGUAUAAUUACAACUCUAGGUAACAUAUUCACAUUUCAUCCUCCUUAAUGGAGAUGCAGUCUUUUGAUGUGGCGUGAAAAAUGUUGCGAUGACACGCACAAAAACACAAAAACAAUAAAAAGAUGAUUGAAUAGCAAAAAACAAGAAGAAACAUAAUGACGAGUAAUCACGCAAUAAUUACAGCAGUUUAGUGAUCCCGUGCAAACAAGCGAUAAACUUUGCAUAAUGGUGGGCUGGCGGUCGCUGUUGCCUGGGUAACCUUCAGUAAACAGAGAGUGUGGCGGUGACAGGCGAGUGACAGGACUGUGGCGGCUCCUAAGUCCUCAUGGCUCGCAAUGCCUACCACUCCGGGGUGCGCGUCGGGAACUGGUACGAGAAUAGACUGAUGGAGGAGGCGAUGAGGAAAUCAUUAGAGAGCAGAAAAAGUGUUGAGAGAAAUUUCUGGGAACUUCACGCGGCUCUUCUGGAGGAGGGUACAGUCUCGGUAUGUCCUGACGGUCUUCUUCACUUCGGGGACUCAGUAUUGAUUCACGCCCCAGUGGUAGAGCCAAGGAAAGGGAGAGGAACAGCCCGGCUACCCCCAACAGCUUCUACCUCCUCGUCAGCCGCCCACGGUCUCUCCCUGGCCUGUACUCUUGCCGCCACGCCCACCAGGGAGGCACUGAUGAAGAAUGACUACGAGGAGACAGCCAUUACAGCCAGCCCUGACCAUCACAGACCCAUGUUGAAGAAUGUGUUUACUAUUCAACCGCGGAGAACAAAGGACAGUCUGGGAAGCGUCCUUUGUUACGGUGACCCAUUUGACCUGACGCACACCACGCACGGGGGCCAACACUACUACGUGACCUCUCCAGUGGGCACGGCGCUGCACUCAGGAAGGGAGAGCAGGAGGCAAGAAGUACUGUUAAAAGAGGAGCCUGGUUCUCACUGUGUCUGGAAGUUGCAGCCCAGUGAUAGAACGCUGAGGAUGGUGAUGGAGGGGGAGCCGGCGGAGGUGGGGGCGCGGGUGCUGAUGGUGCAGACAAUGACCAACCAGCCCUUAGUGGUGGAGGAGGAGUUCCCCACCACCACCAUUUAUGGACAGGAGCAGCAGGUAAGCGUCGGCGUGGUGAACCGGGCCACCACCAGGGCAGCGAGUACCUUUGCCCUGCUCACCUGGACCCGCCAUGUACCUGAACACUCAUCUGAGGAACGCAAGGAGGAGCCGGAAAUUGAGGAUAUGGAGAAGGAGAGGGAGGGGCAGAGGGUGGAGGAGCAGGGGGAGGGGCAGAGGGAGGAGAGAAGGAGGGAGAGAGAGGAGAGGGAGGAAGAGGCAGUGGAGAGAUUAAGAUUGGCACUUCAAGAUAUCAGUAAUGACUCGUCUCAAAGUGAUUAGUGCUCACUCAAACACUAACACUGCUAAUACUACUGCUGCUGCUACUACUACUAUUUCUACUACUACUACUACUACUACUAUUACCACUACUACUACUACUACUACUACUACUACUGCUACUACUAUUGCCACCUCUACUACUACUACUACUACUACUUUUGUCAUAAACAUCGCCCACAAUCAUAAACAUCGCUACUACUACUACCACCACCACUACCAUAGCCACCACCACCACCACCACAAUCACCACCACCACCACCACCACCUUCACAACACCCCAAGAUAACCCUUACAACACUCUUAACCCUUAUAAAUGAACAAAAAACAUCACCACCACCACCACCACCACCACCAC